AUGGCGUCCCAAUUCUCAACCAAUGGCGCUACAACUCACACGGUAAAUUCCACGGCGUCGUCUAUAAACGAGAUACCAAAGUCGUGGACCUUCACAUCUAAGCUUCCUCCUGACUCCCUGUUCCCGACACCGGCCGAUUCGCACAAGACACCCCGCGAUCAGAUCGUUCCCCGGCAGGUCCGCGACGCUCUGUUUACAUGGGUACGCCCCCAGACUGUCGAGCGACCUGAGCUUCUAGCAGUUAGUCCAGCGGCCAUGCGCGAUCUUGGUAUCAAAGAAGGCGAUGAGAAGACCGAGGAUUUCGUGCAAACGGUUGCGGGUAACAAACUGCAGGGAUGGGAUGAGGAAAAGCUUGAGGAAGGUUACCCUUGGGCGCAAUGUUACGGUGGCUUUCAAUUUGGUCAGUGGGCUAGCCAGCUCGGUGACGGGCGUGCUAUAUCGCUAUUCGAGACGACAAAUCCGAAUACGGGUGUACGUUACGAAUUACAAUUGAAAGGCGCAGGGAUGACGCCGUAUAGCCGCUUUGCAGACGGGAAAGCUGUUCUCCGGAGUAGCAUUCGCGAGUUUGUUGUUAGCGAGGCGCUGAAUGCGCUUGGUAUCCCGACCACGAGGGCUCUCAGUUUAACGCUGCUUCCGGAGGUUAAGGUACGGCGGGAAACGACUGAACCCGGCGCCAUCGUAGCACGGUUUGCGCAGUCCUGGCUGCGAAUCGGUAACUUCGAUAUCUUGAGGGCACGGGGUGACAGAGAUCUCAUUCGUAAGCUUGCUACAUAUGUCGCUGAGGAUGUAUUCGGUGGCUGGGAGACAUUACCCGGCCGCCUUGAAGACCCUGAUAAGCCAAAGGAGUCGGCCGCUCCUAAGCGCAACAUUUCAGCGGAUACGAUCGAGGGGCCACCUGAAUCUGCAGAGAACCGGUUCACGCGUUUGUACCGAGAAAUUGUGCGACGCAAUGCACUUACCGUUGCUAAGUGGCAAGCUUAUGGGUUUAUGAAUGGCGUACUGAAUACGGACAAUACUUCCCUUUUUGGGUUGAGUAUUGACUUUGGCCCUUUUGCAUUUAUGGAUAAUUUCGAUCCCAAUUACACUCCUAAUCACGAUGACUAUAUGCUGCGGUAUAGCUACCGCAAUCAGCCAAGCAUCAUAUGGUGGAACCUGGUACGCCUAGGGGAAGCGCUAGGCGAGUCGAUUGGUGCUGGAUCACAAGUAGACGACCCAAAGUUCGUCGAAGACGGUGUGAAAGAAGAGGAGGCGAGUGGUAUUAUUGAGAGAGCUGAAAAAAUCAUAAUGCAAAUCGGCGAGGAGUACAAAGCUGUGUUCCUCGACGAGUACAAGAGGCUCAUGACAGCCCGAUUUGGAUUGAAGACCUACAAGGAUAGUGACUUUGAUGACCUAUUCAGUAGCAUCUUGGAUUCUAUGGAAUCAUUAGAGCUAGACUUUAACCUUUUCUUCCGUCGUUUGAGUCUAGUCAAAGUUGACGAGCUCGAAACGGAGGAAGCUCGGCAGAAUAGAGCAAGCGUUUUCUUUUACAGCGACGGUGUCACAGGCGCUGGUGGAGAAGCCGAGGGCCGUAAACAAGUUGGCGAGUGGCUGAAUAAGUGGCGGCAACGUAUUCUUGAAGAUUGGGGAGAUGGUCAAACCGUCCCCGACGAGCAGGAUAAGGAGCGAAUGCGAGCCAUGAAGAAAGUCAACCCAAAUUUCAUUCCGCGAGGCUGGAUCCUUGAUGAAGUUAUUAAGCGAGUAGAGAAGAAUAACGAAAGAGAGGUUCUAGAUAGAAUCAUGCAUAUGGCUUUACACCCGUUUGAGGAGAGCUGGGCCGGUCGCACAAUCGACGGCAAAGAAUAUAAGGGUGAUAUAGAUGAAGAGACGCGAUGGACAAGCGAUGUCCCAAGACUAGGUCGGGCAAUGCAGUGUAGCUGCAGCUCAUAG